AUGGUAUGCGAGGGAAAGCGAUCAGCCUCUUGCCCUUGUUUCUUCCUCCUGACGGCCAAGUUCUACUGGAUCCUCACAAUGAUGCAAAGAACUCACAGCCAGGAGUAUGCCCAUUCCAUACGAGUGGAUGGGGACAUCAUUUUGGGGGGUCUCUUCCCUGUCCACGCAAAGGGAGAGAGAGGGGUACCUUGUGGGGAGCUGAAGAAGGAAAAGGGGAUCCACAGACUGGAGGCCAUGCUUUAUGCAAUCGACCAGAUUAAUAAGGACCCUGAUCUCCUCUCCAAUAUUACUCUGGGUGUCCGGAUCCUUGACACGUGCUCCAGGGACACAUAUGCUUUGGAGCAGUCAUUAACAUUCGUGCAGGCAUUGAUAGAGAAAGACGCUUCCGACGUGAAGUGUGCUAAUGGAGAUCCACCCAUUUUCACCAAGCCUGACAAGAUUUCUGGUGUCAUAGGUGCUGCAGCAAGCUCCGUGUCCAUCAUGGUUGCUAACAUUUUAAGACUUUUUAAGAUACCUCAAAUCAGCUAUGCAUCCACAGCCCCAGAGCUAAGUGAUAACACCAGGUAUGACUUCUUCUCUCGGGUAGUCCCGCCUGACUCCUACCAAGCGCAAGCCAUGGUGGACAUUGUUACAGCACUGGGGUGGAAUUAUGUGUCAACACUGGCUUCUGAGGGCAACUAUGGAGAGAGUGGUGUGGAGGCCUUCACUCAGAUCUCAAGGGAGAUUGGUGGUGUUUGCAUUGCUCAAUCACAGAAAAUCCCACGUGAACCAAGACCUGGAGAAUUUGAAAAAAUUAUCAAACGCCUGCUAGAAACACCUAAUGCUCGGGCAGUGAUUAUGUUUGCCAAUGAAGAUGACAUCAGGAGGAUAUUGGAAGCAGCGAAAAAAUUAAACCAAAGUGGUCAUUUUCUCUGGAUUGGCUCAGAUAGUUGGGGAUCCAAAAUAGCACCUGUUUAUCAGCAGGAGGAGAUUGCAGAAGGAGCAGUGACGAUUCUGCCCAAAAGGGCAUCAAUUGAUGGGUUUGAUCGCUACUUUAGAAGCCGAACUCUUGCCAAUAAUCGAAGAAAUGUGUGGUUCGCAGAAUUUUGGGAGGAGAAUUUUGGAUGCAAGUUAGGAUCACAUGGAAAAAGGAACACUCAUAUAAAGAAAUGCACAGGGCUGGAGAGAAUUGCGAGGGAUUCAUCUUAUGAACAGGAAGGAAAGGUCCAAUUUGUAAUUGAUGCAGUAUAUUCCAUGGCUUAUGCCCUGCACAACAUGCACAAAGAUCUCUGCCCUGGAUACAUUGGUCUCUGCCCACGAAUGAGUACGGUGGACGGGAAAGAGCUACUUGGUUACAUUCGGGCUGUCAAUUUCAAUGGUAGUGCUGGGACACCUGUCACUUUUAAUGAAAAUGGAGAUGCUCCUGGACGUUAUGAUAUCUUCCAGUAUCAAAUAACCAACAAAAGUGCAGAAUACAAAAUCAUUGGGCACUGGACCAAUCAGCUUCAUCUAAAAGUGGAAGACAUGCAGUGGGCUAAUAGAGAACACACUCACCCGGCGUCUGUCUGCAGUCUGCCCUGUAAGCCUGGGGAGAGGAAGAAAACAGUGAAAGGAGUCCCUUGCUGUUGGCACUGUGAGCGCUGUGAAGGUUACAACUACCAGGUGGAUGAGCUCUCCUGUGAACUUUGCCCUUUGGAUCAGAGACCAAACAUCAACCGCACAGGCUGCCAGCUUAUUCCCAUCAUCAAACUAGAAUGGCAUUCUCCCUGGGCUGUGGUGCCUGUGUUCGUUGCAAUAUUGGGAAUCAUCGCCACCACCUUUGUGAUCGUGACCUUUGUCCGCUAUAAUGACACACCUAUUGUAAGGGCUUCGGGACGAGAACUUAGCUAUGUGCUCCUGACAGGGAUUUUUCUCUGUUAUUCAAUCACCUUUUUAAUGAUUGCAGCACCAGAUACAAUCAUAUGUUCCUUCCGCCGGAUCUUUCUAGGACUUGGCAUGUGUUUCAGCUAUGCAGCCCUUCUUACCAAAACCAACAGAAUCCACCGAAUAUUUGAGCAGGGCAAGAAAUCGGUCACAGCGCCCAAGUUUAUUAGUCCAGCAUCCCAGCUGGUGAUCACUUUCAGCCUCAUCUCCGUCCAGCUCCUGGGAGUGUGUGUCUGGUUUGUUGUGGACCCCCCCCACAUCAUCAUUGACUAUGGAGAACAGCGGACUCUAGACCCAGAGAAUGCCAGGGGAGUGCUCAAGUGUGACAUUUCUGAUCUCUCGCUCAUUUGUUCACUGGGGUACAGUAUCCUCUUGAUGGUCACUUGUACUGUGUAUGCCAUUAAAACGAGAGGUGUCCCAGAGACUUUCAAUGAAGCCAAACCUAUUGGAUUUACCAUGUAUACCACCUGCAUCAUUUGGUUAGCUUUCAUUCCCAUCUUUUUUGGAACAGCCCAGUCUGCAGAAAAGAUGUACAUCCAGACAACAACACUUACUGUCUCCAUGAGUUUAAGUGCUUCAGUGUCUCUGGGCAUGCUGUAUAUGCCCAAGGUUUAUAUUAUAAUUUUUCAUCCAGAGCAGAAUGUUCAAAAACGCAAGAGGAGCUUCAAGGCUGUGGUGACAGCUGCCACCAUGCAAAGCAAACUGAUCCAAAAAGGAAAUGACAGACCAAAUGGAGAAGUGAAAAGCGAACUCUGUGAGAGUCUUGAAACCAACACUUCCUCUACUAAGACAACAUAUAUCAGCUACAGCAAUCAUUCAAUCUGAAACAGGAAAAUGGUAGAAUAUGAAGAAAUCUGGUACGUGAUCUUAAUAAACAUGACACCACCAAAACCCACUCCUGGAGAUCUCUGUAGACUACAAUCAAUCAAAUCAAUAGUCAAUCUUGUAAGGAACAAAAAGUAGCCAUGAGCCAAAAGUAUCAAUAAACAGAGUGAAAAAAAAAAACAUUUUAUACAGUACAACCAAUGAGUGUCAAGCUAAAAUAUUGCUUACUCAUAAGCAGUUUAAAAAAAAUCACAAAAGGAAAACUAAUGUUAGCUUGUGAAAAAAAAAUGCUGUUGAAAUAAACCAUGUCUGAUGUUAUUCUUGUAAGUAUUUUUCUGUGAUUGUGAGAACUCCCGUUCCUGUCCCACCU